GGGCAAAAUCGUAGUCGAAUAUAUUCGACUAUAAAUAGUCGCAUAUUAUAGUCGAAUAUAUUCGACUAUAUAGUCGCAUAUGCAUUUUUCAAAAAAAACCGUUAAUUAUCACGGUUUUAAAUUCAAAGUUGGUUUAAUUCUUUUAAUUAAUUAUUUCGUCAUUAAUUUAUUGAUCAACUAAUAUUUAUCGGCAUAGCUAUAAAAAAGUAAGUACUUCCAUCACUUUUCCUUUGCAUUUGUAUCGAUUAGUAAUUUUUUUCAAUGAUUUUAUUUAGAUGGGAAUAUUUGAUAUCAAAAAAUACUUGCGGUCACCAAAUAAGGGAAGAGGAAAGUGCCGAAAAUGCUCUAAGUCAUGUCAAUGGUCCAAGGAGAGAGUACAAAUGCAUAUUAGGAAUUGUGAGAAGUCGUCUGAUGAUGAAAAGUUGAUGUUCCCAACUAAAUUGCAAACAACUCUAAAAACUAAUUCAAGCAUCGAAAAUCCACAACAUUUAACACCUGAAUUACCAUCAUGCUCUACGAAUACGCUUAAAGAAGCUAUAGCUAACUUCAUAUUCAAAUCCGGUGUAUCUUUUCGAGUUGUUGAGUUAGAUUGCUUUAAAGAAAUGUUUUUUGUUCUUAAUCCAGCUUUAGUUGAAGCCAUUCCAAGCCGAAAAGAGCUUUCAACAGAUCUACUUGAUGCUGAAUACGACAAAGUACAGCGAAAAAUUCAUAACGUUCUCACUAAUUCAACGAAUUUGACUCUCAUAUCCGAUGGAUGGACAAAUGUUACUGGAGAUCAUAUUGUUAAUUUUUGUAUAAAGGCUCCUGGAAUGUCCACUUUAUUCUAUAAGUCUAUAGAUACUUCUGGUACCGGACAAACUGGUGAAGAAGUUGCCACGCAGAUAUCAAAUGUAAUUGAGGAAUUGGGACCUGAAAAUUUCGUGUCGGUUGUUACAGAUAAUGCAAGUAACAUGCGAGCUGCUUGGAACUUGAUUGAGUUUAAUUAUCCUCAUAUCGCUUGCAAUGGAUGUAGUGCCCAUGUGGUCAAUCUGUUGAUAUCUGACAUUCUCCGCUUGGAAACGUUUGCUAAUACAACAAAAGAUGCCCAAAAGGUCAUAAAAUUUGUCCGGAAUCAUGCCUUUGUCAAAGCUAAAUAUGAAGAAAUUCGGAAGGAACUAAAUGUUAGUAAAAAAUUAUCAAUGCCUGUGCCGACACGAUGGUAUAGCCACUAUACUUCAAUUAAAAAUUUGAUAGAUUCAAAAUAUGUUCUUAUGAAAUUGGUGGAUAUGCAUAAGUAUCAGUUAAAGGAAGUUAUGCCAAAAGAAGCGUCAAAAGAAGUGAUUAAAUUGAUUGAGCGUAAUAGUUUUUGGGAUAAACUGUGCAAAUUGGCAACAAUUCUUGAGUAUCCAUCAAAUAUUAUAGGUAAACUCGAGAAGGACAAUACAAGCUUAAAUGCUGUCUACGAUUACUUUGGCAAGCUUUAUACACACUUUGAACAAGACAAGACUAUUCAAAGACUCGUGAAGUAUCGUUGGGAUUAUAUUCUUACAGAAUCUAUGGGAGCUGCCUAUAUGUUGACUCCAAAAUUCAGUGUCGAUGGAGUUUAUGUAGACCACGACAAGAUCGAUAUCGUUGGUCACAUCAAAAAGAUUGUGGCUGUUGUUGAUCCUAUAAAAGCAUCUGAUGUUGAUGGAGAAUUUGCAAUGUAUGUCAAUAUGAUUUCAAAUCUACCAGCAGACAAGCAACAAAUGAUUUAUCAAAUGGACGCAAAGCCUUAUUGGAAGGUUUUUGGCAAAAAUGAAUUUCCAGCACUAUAUAUUUGUGCUAAUCGUGUGUUUGAUAUGGUGGCAUCGUCUGCUGCUUCGGAACGUGUUUGGUCUGCUUUUGGAUUUAUUCAUUCAAAUUCGCGUAAUCGAUUGAUUACAACUCGAGUUGAAAAAUUAACGUCAAUUUAUGUGAACAAUGCCAUUCUUAAGCAGCUAGAUGCUAUUAAUAGCUUAUUUUCUGAUGAAUUCUUAUAUGAAAAUGAUUUUGAAUAGCUGCAUUAUUCAUUAUAUUUAAAUUAGCAAAAAAAUAAAUAACGUAUUUUUUGAUUUUUGAAAAUCUCAUAUGCGACUAUAUAGUCGCAUAUAUUCGACUAUUUUUUUGUUCAUAGUCGAAUAUAUUCGAAUAUAUUCGACUAUUUUCCCAACCCUAA